CGGCUUACCCCAUGCUUAUCUUCCUCCGACAAUGGAACCUCAAAAGUUCUCAAUUGCAGUGGACUCCGAUCACAAAGCCACCGAAUUCCGGCCACUUUCCCUCUCCUCACCGCACAUGCGGGCGUUCCACCUUGCAUGGCUCUCUCUCUUCACCUGCUUCUUCUCCACCUUCUCCAUCCCUCCCCUCCUCCCCAUCAUCCGUCAAGACCUUCAUCUCUCCCCUUCCGACGUCGGCACCGCCGGAAUUGCUGCUUUCGCUGGCUCGAUCAUUUCCCGCCUCGCCAUGGGCCCCGCCUGCGACGUGUUCGGCCCGCGCCUCGCCUCCGCCACUCUCUCUCUCGCCACCGCCCCCAUCCUCCUCUCCGCCACAUUCAUCUCCACUCCAUUACACUUCAUCUUACUUCGUUUCUUCGUCGGGUUCUCCCUGGCGAACUUUGUCGCGAACCAGUUCUGGAUGAGCUCUAUGUUUUCCAGAUGCACCGUUGGACUGGCCAACGGUGUAGCUGCUGGGUGGGCCAAUGUGGGGUCGGGCCUCAGCCAGUUAGUUAUGCCCUUUAUCUUUUCAGUACUAAAUACAUAUUUUGAUCUAACGCAGUCUGUCAGCUGGCGGACUGCAUUAGUAGUUCCAGCUGUAUUUCAGGCAAUGAUGGCAAUUAUGGUCUUGGCCUACGGUCAGGAACUACCGGAUGGCAGCUAUAGAAAUAUUAAAAAGCGUGAAAAAAACUCGAAAGAUGAUACCAUCGACUCGAAAGAUGAUGCUAUCGGUGUGUUUCUCAACGGGAUAAAGAAUUAUAGAGGUUGGGUUUUGGGUUUAACGUAUGGAUACUGUUUCGGAGUGGAGCUCACCAUGGAUAACAUAAUCGCGGAGUAUUUUUACGAUAGAUUUGGAGUAAACUUGGAGACCGCUGGGGUGAUAGCGGCGAGCUUCGGGUUUGCAAAUUGGGUGUCACGGCCGACAGGAGGGAUUGUUUCGGACAAGUUAGGGAAGAGGUUUGGGAUGAGAGGGAGGUUGUGGGGGUUGUGGGUGGUGCAAACGGUGGCUGGGGUGAUGUGUUUAUGGUUGGGUGAAGUUAAGUCCUUGUGGGGUUCGAUUGCGGUGAUGUGUGGUUUCUCAUUUUUUGUUCAAGCAGCGUCGGGCCUUACGUUUGGGGUUGUCCCAUUUGUUUCCAAAAGAUCAAUGGGAGUGAUAUCAGGAAUGACUGGGAGUGGAGGUACAGUGGGAGCUGUGGUGACACAAUUGCUACUAUUUUCAGGGUCCACCAAAUUUUCAACCCAAACUGGAAUUUCACUCAUGGGUGUCAUGAUGAUUACAUCAACUCUUUCACUUACCACCAUCUACUUCCCUCAAUGGGGUGGCAUGUUAUGUGGCCCUUCUUCUGAACACCAACAUUGCCAAUUGCUCGCCUGAGAUCCCUUGCCUAACCAUAAUCGGCUCAGUCAAUACAAGUAUACAACCAAUUGGCAAACGUAAAGUUUCCACAAAUCGACACGAGUUGGCGGAGUUUAGUAUAAAAACAUGGAAGGAAGAACAAUGACAACCUUAUAGGAAAUAGGUAGAAUUUGUAUGGUUUUAGAUAUAUUCUUAUAAUGAUAUCAGAUUUGGUUGCUCAAGUAAUUCUUGAGAUAAUUCUUUUUA